CUCAGGAUUAGAAGGAGACAGGCGUUUAAUAGAGCACCGAUAAAAUGGCAGCAAGCAAACGACCUCUAGUUUAGGCGUUUAUCGUUAAAUUUGCUGCUAUAAACUAUAUGUUAUUGUACGUGCAGUGGCCUGGGUGCACCGUUGGAUGAGUAAAAGUUACAGGAUAACGCUUAGAUUUAAAAUGAUUAGAUUCGCAUCUGGAAGACGUUUAAUGUCUGGGGUUCCACUAUGGGGAUGUCUUCAGCAAAUACACAGAGCACCAAACUACUGCACAAAAGCUCAGCUGCUGUUUCAUCCUCAAGCCUCCUGUAUGUUUAUGGCAUCCAGACCGGCCUCCACCGCCAACAGGUUGUGGAGCAUCAUCAGACCUGUGAGCUGGCAUGCCUCUCGUCUCUGUCACGGGGAUUCACGAGGCACCUCAGAGAGCCACGACAGCAAGGAGGGUUUUAGCUUGAGGGCCCUCACCAAGGCUCCCAAACCGGCUCUGUACCUCGGUUUCUCUGGGCUCAUCCCCUUCCUGUCUGCCCCCCUCCUGAUGGCUGCCACUCAGUCCUUCUACCCUGAAGUGGCGUAUGCUCAAAUGGUGUACGGAGCCUCUAUCGUGUCCUUCCUUGGAGGGGCGCGUUGGGGGUUUGCCAUCCCUGAAGGCAGUCCCGCUCAGCCGGACUGGAUGAACUUGGGCAACAGCGUGGUGCCCUCACUGGUGGCCUGGCUGGCUCUGCUCUGCAGGGACAAUAUCGCUGAAGGUGCACUCGUAGUGAUCAUGGGACUGGGUUUGUCGCUGCAUUACGACCUGACCCUGCUGCCUGGCUACCCCGCCUGGUUCAAAGCCAUGCGAACAAUCCUCACUCUUGUUGCCACCUUCUCACUGGUGGCUACACUGGCACUAAAGGAAUUCUGUCCUGAGAAGAAAAUCAAAGAGAUACAGAAGUAAUUUAGCUUAGUACUUCAAGCCACAUGAAGUUUUGCAGACAGUUCUUGCUGUGCUGGAGUUGAUACAACCAAUUUUGCUACUUAUGCAAUAAAAAAUAUAUAAAACCAGAA